AAUUUCGCAACGCUCCGCUUUAGAGUCCAGUACACAAGGAAGAACUAAAAUGGCGGCGGCAGAGAGUUUCAGUCUACAAGAAAUUUUCUGGGACUUGAAUACAGUCUUAGAUUACUCUCUAUGACUCUAUCUCCGUUUUUUUUUUUUUUGAAUAACAAAUUGCUUUAUAAUUUACUUUGAAUAAGAGCCCAAAGUGGGAAAAGCUUUUCAUCACAAUAUAAUCAAGGGCACAUUUUGUGAAAAUCAAUAUCAGGGGGUUUUGCUCCUUGGAAUAAAACCGAGAAUUAAAAUUUUCUUCUAAAGAAAAUGGAUAGUAGCAACAUUAGCAAUGGCGGUAGUUUGGAUCAAACGUUGUUGGAUGGAAAGUUGCAUCGUCAAGUCAAUACUCUUAUUGUUGCUCAUCUUCGUGACAACAAUCUCAAUCAGGCCGCAAGAGCCGUUGCAUCAGCUACAAUGACACCGUUGACUAUCGAAACUCCUCCUAGUAGGCUACUUGAAUUGGUUGCUAAGGGUCUUGCAGCUGAGAAGGAUGAAGUGUUGAGAGGAGUUUCAUCAGCUGCACCUUUUGAUCCAACUCUAGCUGCUGGAUAUGGCUCCAAACCAGCUCCUCGGGCAAUUUCUGUUGAUUUUAGUACUGCACAUGACACCAAAGGCUCAUCAAAAAAUUUUCCAAAACAUGAAAGUCGACAUAUUUCUGAGCACAAGAGUAUUGCUAGAUGUGCAAGAUUUAGUUGUGAUGGAAGGUUUCUUGCUACCGGAAGUGCAGACCCGUCAAUCAAACUCUUUGAAGUUUCAAAAGUCAAACAAAUGUUGCAGUCAGACUCAAGAGAUGGCCCAGUGAGGCCAGUUAUACGAACAUUCUAUGAUCAUACACAACCAAUUAAUGAUUUAGAUUUUCAUCCUCAAAAUGCAGUUGUGAUUUCUGGGGCAAAAGAUCACACCAUCAAAUUCUUUGAUUUUUCAAAACCAGUAGCAAAGAGAGCAUUCAGAGUUAUUCAGGAUACUCAUAAUGUAAGGUCUGUGUCAAUUCACCCUUCUGGAGAUUAUCUUCUGGCAGGAACUGAUCACCCCAUCCCUCAUUUAUAUGACAUCAAUACUUUUCAAUGUUACCUGCCAUUGAAUUUCCAAGACAGUAUUGUUAAUGGAGCCAUAAAUCAGGUCAGAUAUUCCCGAAAUGGUGGCAUGUAUGUCACGGCAUCUAAAGACGGUGCUAUUCGGUUGUGGGAUGGCAUAACUGCUAGUUGUGUCCGAUCCAUAGAUGGUGCACAUGGGAAAGUCGAAGCCACAAGUGCAAACUUUACAAAGGAUCAAAGGUAUGUCCUCUCUUGUGGGAAAGACUCUUCUGUGAAGCUUUGGGAAGUCGGCACAGGAAGAUUGGUCAAACAGUAUCUUGGAGCUGUACAUACGCAGUUGCGGUUCCAGGCUGUUUUCAAUGAUACGGAAGAAUUUGUGCUAUCCAUAGAUGAAUCAAACAACGAGAUUGUUGUGUGGGAUGCUCUGACAACCGAGAAAGUGGGUAGAUUGCCCUCCAACCAUGUUGGCAUUCCGCGUUGGAUUGAGCAUUCUCCAACUGAGGCAGCGUUUUUUUCAUGUGGAAUUGACCAGUCUGUACGGUUCUGGAGAGAGGUAGUUUAGUUCUAUGAAGAAGAAGAAACCGGGGUCAUCAUUCGACACCAAUGACAUGUAUGCCAGCGGGAAAGCAAGCGAAAGAAUGAGGUUACGGCUUCUGCUAGAUUGGCUGCAAGACGAUGAAUUGCCUCUGCAACCUUAUUUCCUUGGGCGGAUGUUGUACUAAUAUUGAUCUUUUUCUGUUUCUGCCCAAGAUUGUCUCUAUUAGAAGGCUGGUUUUAGGGUCUUUAUAUAGCAUAAUAUAAUCCAUUUAGAUUCAAAUUUGUGAGUAUAUACUCUGCAGGCUAGGGUUCCAUUGAUUAUAGGAUAUGACUUUGUGAUCCAGGAUAUGACUUUGUGAGGUUCAAUACUCUUUAGAAUCAUUUACCUUUUGGGAAACAUUUUUCUUGGAUGGACUGACUAAUAUGUGGAUAUUUUUAAAUUUUGGA